AUGGAAGAUAAAACAUUAAAUAUCCUUAAUGAUUUUCAUUAUUCAUCAUUAAAUGAUCCAUUUUGUUUUGAUAAUAAUAAUAAUAAUAAUAAUAAUACAUCAAUAAUGAUAACAAAUUUAGAUGAUAUAUUAAUUGAUGAUAAUGAAAAUACUAAUAAUAAUUUUCUUAAUACUACAAAUUGUCGUCGUCCUAUACAAGGAGAUAUUUUAUAUGAAGUUGAACAUGAAAAUAGUUUUUCUGAUCAUACAUAUGAUUUUGAUUUAACACAAAAUAAUAUUCAAUAUAAUAAUUUAUUAGAAAAUAAUAAUACUGAAUUUCGUUUUAUUAAUCAAUUACCACCAUCAAUUAUUAUUAUUGAAAAAUUAGAUCGAGAAUUAAAAGAAAAAUAUUAUUUUAAUUACUGUGCUUAUGAAGGUAUUUAUGAAGAACAGCGUUCAUGUUGUAUAAAAGUUAUAAUAAUAAUAACUGAUAUAAAUGAUAAUUCACUACAAUUUCAACAUAAUCAACAAUUACCAUUAAUAAUUAAUGUUUCUGAAUAUACAUCAAUUCAUACAGAACUUAUUCAAAUGAAAGCUGUUGAUUCAGAUGAAGGUCUUAAUGGACAAAUUAUUUAUAGCUUUUCAAAAUGGACAUUAAAUGAUAAAACUAUUAAUGAUUUAUUUUAUAUAAAUCCUUCUAAUGGUUCAAUUAUACUUUUAAAACAAUUAGAUUAUGAACAAAGAAAUAAUUAUGAAUUACAGAUAGAAGCUGUUGAUCUUGGUCCUAAUGCUAUUCCAACAUAUGUUAAUGCUUUUUUUUACAGAUAA